AUGACAGCAGCUUACGCCUUUCGUGCAGGUCAGAACUUACCCGACAAGGAAUUUCGCUACCUUAGGACCAACAUAGUUACGGCCGCCGUUCACCAGGGCUUCGAUCGCCGGCUCUCCUGUCAUCAGACUACCAUCGCCGCCGCAAAACACCACACCAUGCCCACCGUUAGCGUAGGCAGAGACCGCCUCUUCGAAGCCCUCGGCCGUACUUACACUGAAGAGGAAUUUGAAGAUUUGUGCUUCAAAUUCGGCAUUGAGCUUGAUGAUGUGACGACUGAGAAGGCAAUUUUACGGAAAGAGAAACAUUUGGAAGAAGAAAAACCAUCCGAGGAUGAGGAAGUAAUUUACAAAAUUGAAGUUCCAGCCAAUAGAUACGAUUUGCUUUGUCUUGAGGGCUUGGCUCAAGCUCUUCGCAUAUUUAAUGGGCUUGACCCAAUACCAACAUAUACUUUGGCGUCCAUUAGCAAAGGAUCUAUGCUCAAAAUGCAUGUCAAAUCAGAGACCUCAAGGAUUCGGCCAUUUGUUGUAUGUGCUGUUCUAAGAGGCGUUUCAUUUGACAAAGCUCGAUACGAUAGCUUUAUUGAUCUCCAAGAUCGGCUUCAUCAGAAUAUCUGCAGGAAAAGAACUCUUGUUGCUAUUGGCACGCAUGAUUUGGAUACAAUAGAAGGUCCAUUCACAUAUGAGGCUUUGCCACCCCAAGAAAUAAACUUCGUCCCACUGAAACAGACAAAGAGCUUUAGAGGUGAUGAGCUGAUGGAAUUUUACAAAUCAGAUCUGAAGCUGAAGAAAUUCUUGCAUAUUAUUGAGAAUUCACCUGUUUUCCCAGUAAUAUAUGAUAGUAAAAGAACAAUUCUAUCUUUGCCUCCAAUUAUUAAUGGUACACAUUCUGCCAUUUCACUGAAGACAAAGAACGUGUUCAUUGAAUGCACAGCCACGGAUUUGACAAAAGCAAAUAUUGUUCUGAACACAAUGGUAGCAAUGUUUUCGGUCUACUGUGAAAGGAAAUUUGAGGUCGAGCCAGUCGAAGUUAUAUACCCAGAUGGAAAAUCAUACAUUUACCCUGACCUUUCACUUUAUCAGAUGGAUGUGCCCUUAUCAUAUGUUACCAGUUUAGUUGGAGUCUCCUUGCCAGUCCAUGAGGUGUCUAGCUUGCUGAACAAAAUGCAGUUAUUUGCGGAGCACUCUGUAUCACAAAAGAAUGAAAUCAGCUUCACCAUAUCAGUUCCUCCUACAAGGAGUGACAUUCUUCACCCUUGUGAUGUGGCUGAGGAUGUCGCAAUUGCUUAUGGAUACAACGAAAUUCAGAAGAUAAAACUUCCAUCCUUGAAGCCACAGUCAUUGAAUCAGUUUAGUGAUCUUAUUCGCGCGGAGAUUGCGAUGGUUGGUUACACAGAGGUGCUAACGUGGAUAUUAUGCUCGUACAAAGAAAAUUUCACCAUGCUCAACAGAAAAGAUGACAAGUCAACGGCAGCAAUAAACGGAAAUCCCCGUUCUGCUGAUUUUGAGGUUGUCCGAACCAGCCUUAUGCCUGGAAUACUAAAAACUGUUAGUCAAAACAAAGACCAUCCAAAACCAAUAAAGAUAUUUGAAGUGGGCGAUGUGGUGCUAUUGGACGAGACAAAAGAUGUCGGUGCUUCCAACCGCCGACAUCUGGCUGCGUUAUACUGUGGAGCCACCUCAGGAUUUGAAUUGAUACACGGUUUGGUGGACAGAAUCAUGGAAGUCACGGGAACUCCCUUUGUAUCACCUGGGGAUGAUACCGGCUACUACAUUCAACUUUCAAAUGAGCCUGAGUUUCUUCCAGGUAGACAAGCAAGUAUCAUUUACAAAGGAAAGCAAAUCGGCACUUUUGGAAUUGUGCAUCCGCAGGUGUUGCACGAGUUUCUCAUUCCAGAUCCGUGCUCCUUUGUUGAAAUAGACAUCGAGAGCUUUUUAUAG